AGAAAUUUACAGGCAUUAUUAGUUCUGGUUGAACUACUGCCACUAUCUAAUGCUGCCAUGUCGAAAAUAAAUAAAGCUGAUCGUAAAAAAAAAGGCAGAACAGCAAAAAAAAUUGACUCAAAUGGAAAAGAGAAUCAAAAAGGAAAAAAAAGAAAAUUGGAUGAAAUGGAAGAUGAUGAAUCCCUUGAUGGAACAAGCAUUAAAGAUUUUGCGAGAUCCGUAGCAACUAAAAAAAAGUCUAAUUCAGGUCAGUCGGUAGAUAAGACAUUUGUGCAAGGAGAUGGAUGGUUUAUCAGUGUUCAUCCCGAAAGUCAACCCAUCACUACUUUUGAUCUCUUAUACAAAACGUACUAUGUACUUAACGUAGAGUACCCGGAAACUUUGAAAAAUUUUUAUAAUUUUAUUGAUUACUUCAUCUUUCACAUGAAUGCCGAAUCAAUAAAUAUGGUAUGUUCUUUGUAUACGAGUCUUUCAAAUUUUAAUAUUGAUAGUCGUAAGAAAGGUACAGAUGAUGCUUUCGAAAAUAAUUCGGACUAA